CACUGCUGGAGGAGAUCAGUGCGAAUCACUCUCAGAAGAUGCUCAGGAAUGCUGCCACACCUGAUGACUGCUGAUGAUUGACCGAUUUUAUACACACUACAUCAGUGGAUGCAGCACUGACAAAUCAUUUUAUAUCUCACUGUGGGCUCCUUCUGCUACCGAAGCCCCUCAGAUAUCAGACCCCUGAUUGUAGAAGAGCAGUAACAGCAGCUCGGUGAGUUGAGGAAUAUUGUGGUUGGCUCCACAUAACUGGAGUCCACGGCUGCGUGAUUGUUCCGUGGAAAACGUGAGCAGCAAGAGGAAUAUGAACUGAAAGAGCCGCAGUCUAAAAUCGUGAGGAAGGAAUACACUAGAAUUUUCAACUGGGAUAUACAGGGAAUCGCCUGUUUUUACAGUGAAGAAAAUCUUCGGAAGAUCACCACCAUGAUAACUGCACGUGAAAAACUCAAGAAGAAACCCCCCAAAGACAGUCUGACACUGCUACCCUGCUUCUAUUUCGUAGAGUUACCCAUUGUGGCAUCCUCCAUGGUUUCGCUGUACUUUCUGGAACUGACAGACGUGCUUCAGCCAGCGCAGGUGGGAUUCCGCUGCCAUGACAGAUCUCUCAGCAUGCCUUACGUGGACAGCGGCGAUGAGCUUAUACCUCUGCUCAUGCUCCUGAGUCUGGCGUUUGCUGGCCCUGCUGCCUCUAUUAUGAUGGGUGAAGGUCUACUGUAUUGUAUGCAGUCCAAACUUAAGGUUCGACCUGGGAUUGAGGGAAGCAUCAAUGCUGGUGGAUGUAAUUUUAACUCUUUCCUGCGGAGAACUGUUCGUUUUGUUGGUGUUCAUGUGUUUGGGCUCUGUGCAACAGCAUUGGUUACUGAUGUCAUCCAGCUAGCCACUGGCUACCACACGCCAUUUUUUCUCACAGUGUGCAAACCCAAUUACACUGUCCCAGGUGUGUCUUGUGACAAGAACCCUUACAUCACCAAAGACAUUUGCGCUGGGCAGGAUCAGCAUGCUAUUCUAUCCGCCAGGAAAACCUUCCCUUCCCAGCAUGCAACCCUCUCUUCCUUUGCUGCUGUUUAUAUUUCAAUGUACUUCAAUUCAACAAUCUCAGAUAGCACCAAGCUGCUCAAGCCUGUUCUGGUGUUCGCCUUUGCCAUUGCGGCUGCGUUGACAGGACUCACUCAGAUCACCCAGUACCGCAGUCACCCCAUCGAUGUUUAUGUUGGGUUCUGUAUUGGUGCCGGGAUUGCAGCGUACCUGGCUUUCCAUGCUGUUGCCAACUUCAAAUCUCCAGAGGACGCUGUGAUUCUGCAACCUCCUCCUCAGCAGAAAGAUGCUUUGAGGGCUCUGGCCCAGCGAGGUCAUGACUCUGUAUAUAAUAAAGGUCAUGCAUCUGAGAGCAAUGAGGAAAUUACAUCACCAGCAUCUUUAGAUGGGUUGAACAGGCCUGUGCAGCGAGAAAAAACCUCAUUGGGAAGCUUAAAGAGGGCCAGUGUGGACGUGGAGCUACUUGCGCCUCGCAGCCCAAUGGGAAAAGAGACCAUGGUAACAUUCAGUAACACAUUACCCCGUGCUACAGCUCCAGAGGAGCCAACAAGGCGUCUGGUGACAGUACCUGUUCCUGUACCACUGGACCCAAUGCGGUCACAACAAUUAGUGUCUGAAUGGAAACAAAAGUCAAUGGAGAUGCGAGGUGGGAGCUUGCCUGAUGAGGACACCAGUGAUCAGGGCUCAGACGGUGGAGAUGACACAACCACAGAGGAAGAUAGCAUCCAUUCUUCAGUCUAUUCAUCUGUUCCACAUAUGUCUAAACCAGCUAACCCGCCUACAGGUCCAAAAGCAGUGAUGACCCCUCGUCCCCCCGCACAGCCCUCAGUUCCCCCUCCUGUAUCCCCUAAAAGUGCCAGCACCAGAGCCAAAUGGCUAUCCAUCACUGAGAAAAGUGGUGCCAAUAUUCCAGUUCUCAAGGCAGGAAAUCAGCCUCGGAUCAUGCAGGUCAUCGCCAUGUCAAAGCAACAGGGACUCCUGUCUGGAUCUGCAAAAUCCUCAGAAACUUCAUCCUCUUCUGGUACUUCAUCCAUCACGGGCACAGAAUCAUCGCCCAAUCGCUCGGAACGUGACGGCAGUCCAGGCAUCAUAACCGUUGAUGCCCAUGCUCCCCAUCACCCUGUAGUUCGUAUGACCUCCAACCCCAAUAAUCCCUGGGAGUGGAGAGGGUCUUCUGAUGGAAACAUGGCUGAGUCUUACGAGCUGAAAAAUGUAAACCGUGAGGGUUCCCGCAUUUACCGUCAUGUCAGGAGUGGUUCUCCUUGUUCCUCUGCCAGUGAGGCUGACCACGGGCCGCCCCAACCCCCACAACCUCCCCAGCCACCACUUCCCCCUCAACUCCCACCUGUGGGGCACACCUCAGAGGCUCGCAGUCUGCGCCGCAAGACCCCUCUAGUUCUACUGGAUAGGGAGGGCAAUCAGAACCACACUGAACAGGACAACUACUACAAAAAACUUCAAAGCGGCAGACAUUUCUGAGUGAUAUAUAUAUGAACACAACUAUACUUUUUGGUCUUUUUCUUUUAAUUACUUAAUCUGAUUCCAUGAGGAAUAUCUGAACGACUGAAACCAAUACACUUUGAGUCAGCAAAGCUUCGGAAGAUGCUGUUUCUGACGUCUUAAGAGCACAAUGGUUUUUGCCCAGUGAGGGCAAGCCAAACUACAUUAUCACAUCAACACAGUUGUGUUGUAUUUCCAUAAUCAUCAUAUUCCAAAAUUCUUACAAGGCAGAUAGUAAAAUAUUUUUUGGGAUCAUUUUUAUUGCUGCUCUUUUUGUUCAUACUUGGCUUAAAUGUGUGACUGAGAUGUCAAGUCGAAUUUAUAUGUAUGUAUGUAUGUACACGCACGAUUGUUUAGUGUAUGUUGUAGUGCUACAAUGAUAUUAGAAUAUAUUUGCCUUGUAACGCUUAUGGUGAAAACCAAUUCAAGGUGUUUUGUUGGCUUUAAUGAAUGAUAAUUGCUUUGCAAAAGGUUAACAUUUAUUCUACAUCUGCCCAUAAUUGCUAAAAUGGUGUUCUGGACAUUUUCCACAUCUGCUGAAGACAUCCUGUGGAAAAGCUGUGGAAAUAUUGAAGCACUUUGAAUAAGCACUUAUGAAUCACUUCAUCUCGUUCUGUGUUAACAAGUGAAGUGAACUUGAAGGUCUGUGUGGUAUUCCAAAGGAAUGUUAGACAAACAUGGACUCUCAUAAUCCAUCAAGUACCUUGUAAUGGAAUAGCUAUUGGACAACAGUCCACGUGAAGUAUUUUUAUGUGUCAUGAUGAGAAAUAUUUCACUAAAAGAAAUGUGGUGUAAAUCACAAAAAGAAUUUUUACAAGCUCUCUGGGAUUUAUCUGUAAUAGUUAGCGGUCUACUUGUCAUGCUGUUUCCCAGAGGUUCUCCUCUAAAGAUGAACAUGAUGCAUGUUAUGUAAGUGUCGUCAAGGUGGAAGUGAAGCCUUGUCAGUGAAGAAUUCCAAACUCUUAUAAUGUACAUUUGCAGCUGUCAUCGCAGGUUGAAUUCUGUUUGUGUCAACUCUUUCCUUACGGUGCUCUGAGCUGCUCCUGGAUCUCUAUAGAUGGUUGUCCUUACUGGAUGCUUCGUGCUGUUGAUGCAGUUUCUGAAAAAAAAACCAACAUGUAUGACAACAAUAAACAA